GAUGCAGAUCAACCCGCGUGUGUGACAGGCAAAGCAAAGGCAAAGGAGCUGGUGGAGCUUCUGAAGAAAGAGAAGCUGUCUGAGAUCAAAUCCCGGCUGCUGCCACUUCAAGGAAAACUGUGGUACCAGUGGUGCCAAAGGGACAAAGAACUCACUCGCUUGCAGGAGAAGAGGAACAAGAGCAUUGAGCAUCAUCGCAGCCAAAUUGAAAAUGAGAAGAAAGCAAUAAGAGAAAAGCAACUGCAGCAGGCUUUCCCUCUCAAAACACUGAUGAAAUCAUUCCUUGGCUUUCUCCAGGCCCAGCCAACAGAUACCAAGAAAUACUUCCUGCAGUGGAUGAAGAUCUUUAUCGACGAGCUGUCCUGUGGUAGCCUUGAAGAACUGAGGAGAGACUAUCACGAGUUAUGGUCUGAAAUCCUCUCAAGAAAAAAAAGCGAGAAAAAACCCAGUGGCAAUGAUGCAUUGGUGAGUCGCUUGGAUGCCCUCUCUGAUGAAAUCAAUGAUUCAUCCAUUGGCCUGGAGCACCUUCUGAGAGAGGUAGGGCAAAUUUAUGAAGCUCUGGAAUUAAUAAGCUGUAAGAAAGACAAUUUUGUCAAACUGCCGGAAAUUGCAGCAGAGCUGAUGGAUUUAGGAUAUCCUGUGGAGCUGAUGGAUGGGGACGCUUCUUACCUGCCCUUGCGCUGGGUGGGAGCAAUCUUUGACAGCUUAAUUGAGAGGCUGGGGGACAAACGAGUGUUUGUGCUCUCCGUGCUCGGCAUCCAGAGCACAGGCAAGUCCACCCUGCUGAAUGCCAUGUUUGGUCUGCAGUUCAGCGUCAGCGCAGGGAGAUGCACCCGCGGAGCCUUCAUGCAGCUCAUCCCAGUGGGCGAGGAGCUGCAGCAAGACUUGGGCUUUGAUUUUGUGCUGGUGGUUGACACAGAGGGGCUUCGUGCCAUCGAGAUGGCCAACAAACAGUCCCUGAACCAUGACAACGAGCUGGCCACCUUUGUCAUUGGUGUUGGCAACGUGACUGUGAUCAAUAUCUUUGGAGAAAAUCCAUCCGAAAUGCAAGAUGUUCUCCAGAUCGCUGUGCAGGCUUUCCUGAGGAUGAAGAAAGUCAAUCUUUCCCCAAGCUGUGUCUUUGUCCACCAAAACGUGGGAGAAGCAACUGCCAAGGAGCAGAACAUGGAAGGACAAAGGCGCUUGCAGGAAAAGUUGGAUGAAAUGACCGUGGUAGCUGCUCAGCAGGAAUUCUGUGACGUCUCCUCCUUCAGCGAUGUCAUUGCCUUUGAUGUGAACACCCACAUUCACUACUUUGCUCACCUGUGGGAAGGAAACCCCCCAAUGGCACCACCCAACCCCACCUACAGCCAGAACGUCCAGCAACUCAAGAGCAAAAUCCUCCAGGCUGCCAAGAAUCAGUCUCAGUGCAGCAUUUUGAGGCUCUCAAGCCUGAAAGAUCGUAUUGGUGACCUCUGGAAUGCUUUGCUGAAUGAAAACUUUGUUUUCAGCUUCAAGAAUUCCCUGGAGAUCGCUGUGUACAGGAAACUGGAAAGUGCCUUUAGUCAGUGGACAUGGAGGCUGAGGAGUCACAUCUUAGAUGUACAAAUGAGACUGGACAACAAAAUUCGGAAUGGGGACAGGCAGAAUGUCACCAGAGAGCACCUUGAAGGGCUGGUGCGAGAGACAAGUGAUGCCAUUGAGAAAGAAGUGGAAAAGUAUUUCAGGGAAGACAAAGACCGUGAGACACUGAUCCAGUGGAAAUCAAGCACAGAGCUGAAGCUGAAAGAACUGAAAGAGACUCUUCUUCAUGAAACCAAAAAGAAAUGUGAGAAUCUUAUUGAGCUACAGAAGGAGCAGAGGAAACUGGAUGCAAGGAAGUUGCAAUAUGAAGAUGAGCUCCUGAGAAAGAGUCGGGAUCUGGCUGGGCGUCUGAAAGGGAAGAGCCUCAGUGAGGGAGAACUGAAGGACAACUUUACUGUUGUCUGGAAUAAGUGGAUUGCUGAAGUCUCCAGUGCUGCUCGUCCUCCAGAGCGGGUGGAUAUUGAUGCAGAAAUCGAAGAUGUCCUUGUGGAGCACUUUAAGGAGCCGGGUUUCCAUGCACGGAUCACAUCAUUUCCCAGAGGCAGAGGGUUUUCUUUUGAUCCAGAGAAGCACACCAUGAAGAAAAAGAGUGGACUUUUCCAAGGUGUCAUGCGCUUAUUCAAUACUGAUGAUAUCAACUUUCAUCACAUCACAGACAACAUCAUAGCGUGUGUGAUGGCAAACAUUGCUAAGAAGGAACAGGAGAAACAGGAUUACAGUAGAAAUUUUAUUCAUGAAAUACUCAAUGAAGUACAGAAAGGUGUGAACUCUGUCCCCAGCAGUGCAAAAUGUACAUUUAACAGAGAGUACAGCAUAGAUUUGUCUCUGUACCUGUGCAAAAUAGCAGCAGGAAGGUUUAAAGCCAUGCACGAAGCAUUCCGAAAGGCAAAUGACCCAGUCGCGUACCUGAGCAGCAAGAGAGAAGAUUUCUUCCUAUGUUUCCAGAUUUCCUGCCAAGGAGCCACUUCUGGCACAACUUUUGCUACUUUCCUUUGUGACAAGAUUGAACCAGCUCUUCUUCAGGCAGUCUUUAAGAGGACGGCUAAGGACAUCGCUGAGGACAUGCAGGGCCAAUUCCGAGAUUUCCAGGGCAGCAGAGCCAAUCUGGAAAUUUGCAUCCUGAGAUACCUGGCAGAACAGGAAAAUUUUGAGUAUUUCAAGCAGUACCUUAGGUCUCCAAAACAGUUUUGUCAGUGUUAUAUUGAAACACGAGUUAGGAAUUACUGUUUAGAUGGGAGUAGGAGGCUGAGGAUGUUUUUAGAUUGCUCCCUUAAUAAUCUCUAUCGAAACAUCCUGUCAGCUGCUUCUUUAUCGACCCAAAUUGUCAAAGACAGA